AUGGAGAUUAUUGCUCCAUCUUCCGUGGCUGGCAGCUCCAGCCUCGGUGGGAUCGGCUCUUCCGGGGGUGGCGUAUCCCCAUCCGCUACUGCUGGCACUGCGACAGCCCCCUCCUAUGUCGAUCCGACUCGCGUCAUCGAACAUCUUACGGCCGUUCUCGAGGCCGCUCUUGGUGCCACCCGUGAUGAGCUGGAGGCCCCGGGCAGUCUGCUGUCGAAAUCGCGCUACGCUGAUACCGUGCAGCGGUGCUCCCGCUUCGCCCAUGAACCCCAGGUUGUCUCGCUCUAUAUCCAGAAAGAUGUGCUUCCAGCUCGCAUAGACGAGGACAAGGGGACGCCGUCCCCCCCCCAACACCUGUUCACCCUUGCGCCUGAUCUCUCUGCCGAAACGACUACAGUGGCUUUUCUCGUCCUUCUCAAACGGCCGCAGCCGUUGGAUCCGAACGUGCCCAUCACCUCCCAGGUCCAGAUGCUCAACCUUCCCGGUCCUGCAUACUUGACGGCGACGGCUGGCGAGCAGGGCCUCUCGACAUCGCCUUUUGAGAUUUUGCAGCUCUACCUGCACAACGGCCUCGCGCCCUACUUUGAUGCGAGCACGAAGCCAGCUGCUGGUGCGGCGGCGAACGGCACUAGCCGUGGACGUGCUGACCUCGAAGCCAAGACAGGUGUGCCCGUGACGAAGAAGCGAUGGACGGAGCUGGAGCUCAGUCUGGCACACCUGCAGCAGAACGUAGAGAUCCCCGAGGUCGUGCUGCCCUUCCCACCCAUUGUGCAGAAUGCUCUCGACGACGCCAGCGGCAACAGCACGCGGCCAUCCUUCGACCAGCUCCCGCCAGGCGUCACGCAGGACACUGCCCUCCUCAACAGCCUGCAGGCUACGGUCAACACGUGGAUCAAGUCCAUCCAGGUCGUCACCAAGAUGACGCAGGACCCCACCACAGGCACGGCCAACCAGGAGAUCAACUACUGGCUGUCCAUGGAGUCUGCCCUGGAGCGCAUAGAGGCUCAGCUGCGUGGCGAUGGUGUGUCGCUGACACUGGACAUCCUCAAGCAUGCCAAGCGCUUCCAGGCCACCGUCAGUUUUGUUGCCGACACGGGCCUGAAGGAGGCCAUGGAGCGUGUGCAGAAAUACAACCAGUUGAUGCGGGACUUCCCUCUGGACGAGCUACUCUCAGCAACGGCACUGGCCAAGGUGGAGGACUCGAUUGUGCAAAUCUUUAGCCACCUCAACAAGAAGCUGCGCAUCUGCCCGUAUCCGAUUCGGCGCGCCCUUGCUCUGGUCGAGUCGAUCUCAAGCGACCUAGACGACACGAUGCACCGCCUGUUGUCGGGCACCGAGCUGGUGGACCUCGACUAUGCCGAGUUCAAUCGGGUGAUGAGUGCGACGAACGACAUCUUUCGUGCCUGGGACGACAAUGUGAAGGAGUUUACCAACGUGGCUCGUGAGGUCACGCGUCGCCGCAACGACAAGUUCAUCCCUAUCAAGAUCAACCCGCGCCAUGCGCAGUUGCAGGCGCGACUGAAGUAUAUUCAGACGUUCCGCGAGAACCAUGAGCAGCUCCAGCGGACCAUUGUUACGGUGCUCGGCCCCACGGCCGCCAACGCUGCCGCUGGCGACGGCGCCGAUGGCAGUGCCAAGGCUGCGAACGGAACCAACGGCCCCAGCGGCGUCAACAGCGGCAACGGCGGUGCCUUUGAUGAGACAGGCGACAUGGAUGCGGUGGAGGAGGUGCGGCAGGCCUGGGAGGCCCUGCGCAAUGUCGACCUGCUGGACGUGACGCCCGAGGGGACGGCCAAGUGGGCACGCGCGGAAAACGCGUACAACGAGCGAACGGCGCGCGUGGAAAACUCGAUCAUCGCCCGGCUGAGGGACCGUCUGGCCACGGCCAAGAACGCCAACGAGAUGUUCCGCGUCUUCUCCAAGUUCAAUGCACUCUUCGUGCGGCCCAAGAUCCGGGGUGCCAUCGCGGAGUACCAGACGCAGCUCAUCGAUAAUGUUAAGCAAGCCAUUGCGGCGCUUCACGAGCGCUUCAAGCAGCAGUACGGCCACUCGGAGGCCCAUGCCAUGGCCACACUGCACGACCUGCCUCCGGUGUCUGGAGCGAUUAUCUGGGCGCGGCAGAUCGAGCGACAGCUAGACAACUACAUGAAGAAGGUGGAGGACGUGCUGGGUGCGGACUGGGCACUGCACGCCGAGGGCCAGAAGCUGCAGAACGAGAGCGUGCAGUUCCGGAACAAGCUCAAGACGGUGCCGAUUUUCGAGGCGUGGGCCCGCGACACGAUGCGGCGCGAGGUGUCGAUUGCCGGGCGGCUGUUCAGCAUCAAGCGAGUGCGUGCGGCGGGCAACAAGCUGGAGCUGGGCGUCAACUUCGAUCCGCAGGUGAUUGCGCUGUUCAAGGAGACGCGCAACCUCAUCUGGCUCAACUACUCGGUGCCGCACGCGGUGACGACGGUGGCCAAGGACGCCAAACGUGUGUAUCCAUACGCAGUCAGCCUGAUGGAGAGCGUGCGGACGUUUGCGCAGACGCUCCGGGCGAUUAACGAGAUGCCGGAGGUGUCGAUGCUGCUCAACGGACACCGCAACGACGUGUAUUCGCUGGUGGCAAAGGGCGUGCCGCUGCGGUGGGAGUCAUUUGUGAACAGCUACGAGGUGCAUCUGCGCGGACUGCCACACAUGCCGAACGGAAACGCGAUGGACCGGCUCAAGGGCGGCGAGAGUCGGCACGUGCUGUUUGUGCGAGAGAUUGCGGCGGCAGUAUCGCUGCUACAGACCAAGACGGCCACGCUGGCGACGUACCACGCGACGAUCCAGAAGUCACUCAAGGAGCUGGCCACGUGCCCGUACAAUGCCAACGCGUUCGAGACGCGGCUGCGGGCGAUCCAGGAGGCGGUAGACCAGCUCAACCUGCAGCAGUAUGCCAACCUGGGCUUCUGGGUGGAGGGCAUGAACCGACAGAUCAAGGCGACGCUGCUCACGCGGCUGCAGCGGGCAAUCCUGGCGUGGAUCGAAGCGUUUGAGAACGAUGAGGCGGCCGAGCCGAACAAGACCAAGUUUGCGUUCGGGAUGGGCUUCGGCGGCGGCUCUGGCGGCGACGAGGAGCGUCGGCGGCCGGUGACAGCAGCAGCAGCAGGAACGGCGGACGCGACGGUCAAUGACGUGCCGACGAUGAAGCAUCUCGUGCACGAGGUGACGAUGCGCAACCAGCUGAUCUAUCUGGACCCACCGCUGGAGUUUGCCCGUGCGAGCUGGUACCUGCGGCUGCACGAAUGGCUGGGAGUGACGUGCAAUCUGCGCAAGAUCAAGGCAACGAGCUACGAGAUGCGACUGGGCACGACGGUGGUGGAAGACGCGCGGUUCAACGACCUGCCGGCGGAGUGCACGACGGUGCUGCUGCGGGUGCAGACGUCGAUCGAGACGAAGCUGGGAGCGAUCGGGUCGUACGUGGACGAAUGGCUGCGGUUCCAGUCGCUGUGGGACCUGCAGUCAGAGAAGGUGUACGACCUGCUGGGCGACCAGCUGUCGCGGUGGCUGCAGCUGCUGCAGGAGAUCCGCAAGACGCGGCAGACGUUUGACACGACCGAGGUCAGCCGGUCGUUUGGACACAUCACGAUCGACUACGACCAGGUGCAGACCAAGGUCAACGCCAAGUACGACCAGUGGCAGCACGACAUCCUGCUGAAGUUUGCGGGCCGGCUGGGCGGACGGAUGCGCGAGGUGUAUGCCGAGAUCGAGAAGGCGCGGACGGACCUGGAGACGCUGAGCCUGGAAGUCAACUCGACGGCGCACGCGGUGCAGUUCAUCACGAUUGUGCAGGCGUGCAAGCGACACGUCAAGGUGUGGGCGCCGGAGAUCGAGACAUUCCGGCAGGGCGAGUCGACGCUGGUGCGACAGCGAUACCAGUUCCCGAACGACUGGCUGCACGCGCAGCAGGUGGACCACGAGUGGAACUCGCUGAACGAACUGCUGAGCCGCAAGGCCAAGAUCGUGCAGGACCAGACGGACGCGCUGCGGGCCAAGAUCAUUGCGGAGGACGCGAUCGUGGCGGACAAGAUUGCAGAGAUUGCAGUGCAGUGGAACGAAGAGAAGCCGGUGUCGGGGACCAUCGCGCCGGAAGUGGCGACGGCGACGCUGGCGGCGUUCGAGGGCCGGAUCACGACGCUGCAGGGCGAGGCAGCGAUGGUGGCCAAGGCAAAGGAAGCGCUGGACCUGGCAGCAGCAGCGGAGACAUCGCUCAACGGGAUCCUGGAGGAGGUGCAGGACUUCAAGUCGGUGUGGGCGUCGCUGUCGCUGAUCUGGAAGAACCUGAGCGAGCAACGGGAGAUGCUGUGGAACAGCGUGCAGCCACGCAAGGUGCGGGCAUCGAUCGACAACCUGAUCAAGAUGACACGCGACAUGCCGAGCCGAAUGCGACAGUAUGCGGCCUUUGAACACAUUCAGGAGCGGCUGCGGACGUACGUGCGGGUGAACCCACUGCUGGGCGACCUCAAGUCGGAGGCGGUGCGCGACCGGCACUGGACCAAGAUCUACAAGCAGAUCCGGCCGGGCAAACGGUACUCGCCGGUGUCGAUGACGCUGGGCGACGUGUGGGACCUCAACCUGGUGGCGACAGAGGCGAUCAUCCGCGACAUUGUGGCGCAAGCACAGGGCGAGAUGGCGCUGGAGGAGUUCCUCAAGCAGGUGCGGGAGACGUGGACGAGCUAUAGCCUGGAGCUGGUCAACUACCAGAACAAGUGCCGGCUGAUCCGCGGAUGGGACGAGCUGUUUGCCAAGUGCAGCGAGAACCUCAACUCGCUGCAGGCGAUGCGGCACUCGCCGUACUACAAGGAGUUUGAGGAGGAGGCGUCAGGGUGGGAAGACAAGCUGAACCGGGUGCACAUCCUGUUCGACGUGUGGAUCGAUGUGCAGCGACAGUGGGUGUAUCUGGAGGGCGUGUUCACGGGCAACGCGGACAUCAAGCACCUGUUGCCGAUCGAGUCGUCGCGGUUCCAGAACAUCAACAGCGAGUUCUCGGCCGUGAUGAAGAAGAUGUACAAGCAGCCGUACGUGCUGGACGUGCUGAACAUCCCGAACGUGCAGAAGUCGCUGGAGCGGCUGGCAGAGCUGCUGAACAAGAUCCAGAAGGCACUGGGCGAGUACCUGGAGAAGGAGCGGGUGUCGUUCCCACGGUUCUACUUUGUGGGCGACGAGGACCUGCUGGAGAUGAUUGGCAACAGCAACGACACGGUACGGGUGGCGAAACACUUCAAGAAGAUGUUUGCCGGGCUGUCCGGGCUGGUGAUGGGCGAGGACGAGGCAGAGGCGGUCAUCACGGCCUUCUCGUCGAAGGAGGGCGAGGUGGUGCGGCUGAAGCGGUCGAUCUCGCUGAUCAAGACGCCGCGGAUCAACGACUGGCUGGCGUUGCUAGAGGGCGGCAUGAAGCAGACGCUGGCCGAGCUGCUAGGCGAGGCGAUAGCAGCCUACGGGCCAGUGUUUGCGGCCGAGACGGUGGACCCGACAGCGAUGGAAGCCUUUCUGGAGGGCUUCCCGAGCCAGAUUGUCGUGCUGGCGACACAGGCAGUGUGGACGACGGCGGUGGACGCAGCGCUGGCAGACGAGAAGCAGGCGGGCGCAGCACUGCAGCGGCUGUUUGAACGUGAGGUGCAGGUGCUACGGCUGCUGGCGGCGAUGGUGCUGGGCGACUUGGACGUGUUGGUGCGGCGGAAAUGCGAACAGCUGAUCACGGAGUGCGUGCACCAGCGCGACAUUAUCGAGAAGCUGGUGGCAGCCGGAGCCGACUCGCCGACACACCAUCUCUGGCUGCUGCAGAUGCGCUACGUCUAUACCAGCAGCAGCGAGACAGAGGCACAGCAGCGGCUGAGCGUGCGGAUGGCCAAUGCGACGCUGCAGUACGGAUUCGAGUACCUGGGAGUGCCGGAUCGGCUGGUGCGCACGCCGCUGACAGACCGCUGCUUCCUGACACUGACACAGGCGCUGUGCCAGCAGCUGGGCGGCUCGCCAUACGGGCCAGCCGGCACGGGCAAGACAGAGUCGGUCAAGGCGCUGGGCGUGGAGCUGGGACGGUUUACGCUGGUGUUCUGCUGCGACGACACGUUUGACUUCCAGGCGAUGGGCCGGAUCUUCCUGGGCAUCUGCCAGGUGGGCGCAUGGGGCUGCUUUGACGAGUUCAACCGACUGGAAGAACGGAUCCUGUCGGCGGUGUCGCAGCAGAUCCAGAACAUCCAGCUGGGACUGCGACAGGGGGCCGAGGACGACAAGGCGCAGAUCGAGCUGGUGGGCCGACAGCUGAGGGUCAACGGCAAUACAGGCAUCUUCAUCACGAUGAACCCAGGCUAUGCGGGACGGUCGAACCUGCCGGACAACCUGAAGAAGCUGUUCCGCAGCGUGGCCAUGUCGAAGCCAGACAAGGAGCUGAUCGCGGAGGUGAUGCUGUACUCGCAGGGCUUCGGACAGGCCAAGGCGCUGUCGAAGCAGACGGUGCCCUUCUUCGACCAGUGUGCGGCCGAACUAUCGCGACAGGCGCACUACGAUUUUGGGCUGCGGGCGCUGAAGAGCGUCUUAGUCAGCUCAGGUGGCCUGAAGCGGGCACGGCUGACGGACGGCCGGGCGACAACAGAAGCGGCGAGCCUGGGCGAGGUAGAGGCGGUCGAGCCAGAGAUUAUCGUGCAGAGCAUCCGCGAGACGAUCGCGCCAAAGCUGAUCAAGGCAGACGUGGCGAUCAUGGGCGGGAUCGAGGCGCGCUGUUUCCCGGGCGUGCGCUAUGUGCCAGCCAACCUGGAGGCGCUCGAGACAGCAGUGCGGCGGCUGGCAGGCGAACGACAGCUGGUGGUCAACGAGACCUGGCUGACCAAGGUACUGCAGCUGUACCAGAUCCAGCGCAUGCACCACGGUGUGAUGAUGGUGGGCAGUGCAGGCUCGGGCAAGUCGACCGCCUGGAGGCUGCUGCUGGAAGCAUUGCAGCAGGUGGAGAAGGUAGAAGGGGUGUGUCACGUGAUCGACUCCAAAGUGAUGUCCAAGGAAGCGCUGUACGGCAACCUGGAUGCGACGACGCGCGAGUGGACGGACGGGCUGUUCACGAGCAUCCUGCGCAAGAUCGUCGACAACCUGCGCGGCGAGGACGGCAAGCGUCACUGGAUCGUGUUUGACGGCGAUGUGGACCCGGAAUGGGUAGAGAACCUGAACAGUGUGCUGGACGACAACAAGCUGCUGACGCUGCCGAACGGCGAGCGGCUGAACCUGCCGGCGAACGUGCGGAUCAUGUUUGAGGUGGCAGACCUGCGCUACGCGACGCUGGCGACGGUGUCCCGCUGCGGCAUGGUCUGGUUCAGCGAGGACACGGUGACGCCGGCGAUGGUGGUGGACAAUUAUCUCGGCCGGCUGGCAGCGGUGGCGUUUGAGGACCUGGACGAGGACGCGGUGGCGACAGGCCAGAGCGCAGCGCGAGCGCUGGCCGUGCAGACACAGGCGGCCGAGCUGCUGCGGUCACACCUGACGACAGACGACUUUGUGCUCGAGGCACUGAACCGGGCGACGACAUACCGGCACAUUAUGGACUUCACGGCAGCACGGGCACUCAACACGCUCUUCUCGCUCGUCAACAAGGCGGUGCGCAACGUGAUCGAGUACAAUGCACAGCACGCAGACUUUGCGCUAGAGCCAGAGCAGGUGGAAGCAUACCUGUCGAAGAAACUGCUGCUGGCGAUGGUAUGGGCGCUGACGGGCGACUGUCCGCUGGAGGACCGGCAGGCGUUUGGCGACGUGCUAGUAGGCCUGGCAGGCUUCGGGGUGGCGCCACCAGCAGCGGGCGGAUCGGUGAUCGACUUUGACGUGUCGCUGCCGCGGGCAGAAUGGACUUCGUGGCAGGCACAGGUGCCGUCGGUCGAGGUCAACACGCACUCGGUAACGCAGACAGACGUGGUGAUCCCGACGCUGGACACGGUGCGCCACGAGGAUGUGCUGUACUCGUGGCUGGCCGAGCACAAGCCGCUGCUGCUGUGCGGACCGCCGGGAUCGGGCAAGACGAUGACGCUGUUCAGCGCGCUGCGCAAGCUGCCGAACAUGGAGGUGGUCGGACUCAACUUCUCGAGCGCGACGACGCCAGACCUGCUGAUCAAGAGCUUCGAGCAGUACUGCGAGUACAAGAAGACGCUGAGCGGCGUGCUGCUGUCGCCGACGCAGAUCGGCCGCUGGCUGGUGGUAUUCUGCGACGAGAUCAACCUGCCGGCACCAGACCGCUACGGGACACAGCGGGCGAUUGCGUUUCUGCGGCAGCUGGUCGAGCACAACGGCUUCUGGCGCGCAUCGGACAAGGCGUGGGUGACGUUGGACCGGAUCCAGUUUGUGGGCGCAUGCAACCCGCCGACCGACGCAGGCCGGACGCCGCUGGGAGCACGGUUCCUGCGCCACGCGCCGCUGAUGAUGGUGGACUACCCGGGCGAGCAGUCGCUGCAGCAGAUCUACGGCACGUUCAACGCGGCGGUGCUGAAGAUCAUCCCGACGCUGCGCGGAUACGCCGAGGCGCUGACGCAGGCGAUGGUGCGGCUGUACACGGAGUCGCAGCAGCGGUUCACGGCAGCGCAGCAGGCACACUACGUCUACAGUCCGCGCGAGCUGACACGGUGGGUGCGCGGCGUGUACGAGGCGAUCCGGCCGCUGGAGGCGCUGUCGGUCGAGGGGCUGGUGCGGAUCUGGGCGCACGAAGCACUGCGGCUCUUCCAGGACCGGCUGGUGGAGGCGAGCGAGCGCGAAUGGACGGAGGCGGCCGUGCGGCGGAUCGCGCUGGAGCUGUUCCCCAACGUGGACGAGGCCCAGGCGCUGGGCGGCCCGAUCCUGUUCUCGAACUGGCUGUCGAAGCACUACGUGCCGGUAGACCGGGAGCAGCUGCGGGACUUUGUCAAGGCGCGGCUGCGCACGUUCUGCGAGGAGGAGGUGGACGUGCCGCUGAUCCUGUUCAACGACGUGCUGGAACACGUGCUGCGAAUCGACCGGGUGUUCCGGCAGCCGCAGGGGCACCUGAUCCUGAUCGGGGUCAGCGGUAGCGGCAAGACAACGCUGUCGCGGUUUGUGGCGUGGAUGAACGGCCUCAAGGUCUUCCAGAUCAAGGUGCACGGCAAGUACUCGGCGGAGGACUUUGACGAAGACCUGCGCGAGGUGCUGCGACGCUGCGGGUGCAAGGGCGAGAAGAUGUGUUUCAUCAUGGACGAGGCGAACGUGCUGGAUGCGGGCUUCCUGGAGCGGAUGAACACGCUGCUGGCCAACGCGGAGGUGCCGGGGCUGUUUGAGGGCGACGACCUGGCCGCGCUGAUGACGGCGUGCAAGGAGGGGGCACAGCGCCAGGGUCUGCACCUGGACUCGCAGGAGGAGCUGUACAAGUGGUUCACCGGCCAGAUCGUCAAGAACCUGCACGUGGUGUUCACGAUGAACCCGCCAGCCGGCGCGGGCGGACUGUCGUCGCGAGCGGCCACGAGCCCGGCACUGUUCAACCGCUGCGUGCUCAACUGGUUUGGCGACUGGUCGGACCAGGCGCUCUUCCAGGUGGCACACGAGCUGACGGGAGCGGUAGACCUGGAGCGGGCGCAGUUUGUGGCGCCAGACACGAUCCCGGUGGCAUACGCGGGCCUGACGUUGCCGGCAUCGCAUCGGGGCGCGGUGGUGAACGCGAUGGUGUACGUGCACCACUCGCUGCGACGAGUCAACGGGCGGCUGCAGCAGCAACAGGGCCGGACGACAUUCCUGACGCCGCGACACUUUUUGGACUUUGUGGCGCAGUAUGUGCGGCUGUACGGCGAGAAGCGCGAGGACCUGGAAGAGCAGCAGAGACACCUGAACGUGGGACUGGAGAAGCUGCGCGACACGGUGGACAAGGUGCGGGACCUGCGGGCGAGCCUGGCAUCGAAGCAGGCACAGCUGGAACGCAAGGACGCCGAGGCGAACGAGAAGCUGCAGCGAAUGGUGGCAGACCAGCGAGAGGCAGAGCAGCGGAAGAGCACGUCGCUAGAGAUCCAGGCAGCGCUAGAAGUGCAAGACGCCGAGGUGGCAACACGACGACAGGCCGUGCUGGAGGACCUGGCACGUGCAGAGCCGGCAGUCGAGGCAGCCAAGGCGAGCGUCAGCAACAUCAAGCGGCAGCAGCUGACAGAAGUGCGGGCGAUGGCAUCACCACCAGCAGGCGUCCGGCUGGCACUCGACUCGGUAUGCACGCUGCUGGGACACCGAGCAGGCGACUGGAAGACGAUCCAGUCGGUGAUCCGACGCGACGACUUUAUCGCGAGCAUCAUCAACUUCAACAACGAGAAGAUGAUGACGAAGGCGCUACGCGUCAAGAUGCGGAGCGAGUUUCUGUCGAACCCCGAGUUCACCUUUGACCGGGUCAACCGGGCGAGCAAAGCAUGCGGACCGCUGGUGCAAUGGGUAGAGGCGCAAGUGAGCUACGGCGAGAUCCUGGACCGCGUGGGACCGCUGCGCGAAGAGGUGGCCGCGCUGGCCGAGCAGGCACUGCAGACACGAGCACAGGCGCGCGCGGUCGAGCAGACGAUCGACGGGCUCGAAGCCAGCAUCGCGACCUACAAGACGGAAUACGCAGCACUGAUCAGCGAGACGCAGGCGAUCAAGGCAGAGAUGGCGCGCGUGCAGCACAAGGUGGACCGCAGCGUGCGGCUGCUGGACAGCCUGUCGUCGGAGCGGGUGCGAUGGGAAGAGGGCAGCCGGUCGUUUGAGACGCAGAUCGGAACGCUGGUGGGCGACGUGCUGGUAGCAGCAGCCUUUCUGGCCUACGGCGGGCUGUACGACCAGACAUUCCGCCGCGCGAUGGUGGACGACUGGCUGCAGCACCUGCGGCUGUCGGGCAUCGCGACGAAGCCACACAACCCGGUGACCGAGUACCUCUCGACAGCAGACGAGCGGUUGGGCUGGCAGGCGAAUGCGCUGCCGGCCGACGAUCUGUGCACGGAGAACGCGAUCAUUCUGCGGCGGUUCAACCGGUAUCCGCUCAUCAUCGAUCCGUCCGGACGGGCGACGGAGUUUCUGCAGCGCGAGUGUCGCGGGCGACGGCUGACGGUGACGAGCUUCCUGGACGACGCGUUUGCCAAGCAGCUCGAGAGUGCGUUGCGGUUCGGCAACCCGAUCCUGAUCCAGGACGCGGAACAUUUGGAUCCCGUGCUUAAUCACGUGCUCAACAAAGAAUACCAGAAGACGGGCGGACGUGUGCUCAUCCAGCUAGGCCGGCAGCAGAUUGACUUUUCCCCGGCUUUCCGGCUGUAUCUGGCGACACGUGACCCUUCGGCAACGUUUGCGCCCGACAUCUGCAGCCGGACGACACUGGUCAACUUCACGGUGACGCAGAGCAGCCUGCGGACACAGGCGCUCAACGAGGUGCUGCGGGCCGAGCGGCCGGACGUGGACGAGCGACGGUCAAACCUGACCCGGCUGCAGGGCGAGUUCAAGGUACACCUGCGACAGCUGGAGAAGCGGCUGCUACAGGCGCUCAACGAAUCGCGCGGCAAUAUCCUGGACGACGAUCACGUGAUCGAGACGCUGGAGACGCUCAAGACCGAAGCCGCCGACAUUAGCGACAAGAUGCGCGGCACCGAGGGCGUCAUGGCCGAUGUCGACGCCGUCACCCGCCAGUAUGCCGUCGUGGCACGUUCCUGCAGCGCCGUCUUUGCCGUGCUGGAGCAGCUGCACUAUCUGCACCACUUUUACCAGUUCUCGCUAGACUAUUUCCUGGACAUUUUCCACGCGGUGUUGCAGCGGGCCAGUGCAGCCGGCACGGUCGUGGCCACCGGUGCGUCCGACGACACGUACAACAUCCGACGCGACGCCAUCGUGCGCGACCUCUUCGUCACGACCUUCCAGCGGACCGCGCUCGGGCUGUUGCAGAAAGACCGCAUCACGCUGGCGAUGCUGCUGGUGCAGGCGUCGCCAUACGCCAUGGACAAGAGCCUGAUCGACGUGCUGCUGGACGACGACGGCGUGCCGGGUCGCGACGUGUCGGGCAUGGACGGUCGUGACGAAGCCAUCGCCUUGGCUCGCCGGCUGCCAGCGCUGCAGCAACAGGUCGACGGGAUCAGCGAGGCCGAGUGGGCACGAUUCCUGGGCGAGGAGCUGGCCGAGAACUUUGUGCCGCCAAUGGGAGGAGGGGAGUCGAACGAGGAGAGGCCGAACGACGAGAGGGCGAGCGACAGCGAGGAAACCAAGAAAAACGACGAAGCCCUUCGGUCUCUGCUCAUGGUCAAGCUCUUCCGACUCGACCGGUUUGUGCCGGCAGCCGAGCGGUUUGCGGCGCUUAUCUUCGGCACAGACGACUUGUUUGACAUUGUCGAGGAUCUCGGCGGCACGGUGGCCCAGGUGCCGGCAACACGACCGGUGGCGCUGGUAUCGAGCCCAGGCUUCGACGCAUCCUACAAGGUAGACGGGCUGGCAGCCCGGACGGGAGCGCGCUGCAGCCACAUCGCGAUGGGGUCGGCCGAGGGACUCGCGAGCGCAGACAAGGCAGUCAGCAGCGCAGCCCAGACAGGAGCUUGGGUGCUGGUCAAGAACGUCCACCUGGCGCCGACCUGGCUGCAGUCGCUGGAGAAGCGGAUGGAGACGCUGCACCCACACGGCGACUUCCGGCUAUUCCUGUCGAUGGAGUCGAGUCCGCGCAUCCCGGUGAAUCUGUUGCGCGCAUCGCGUGUCCUAUUGUACGAGCAGCCAGCAGGCGUGCGGGCCAACAUGAAGGACUCGCUGGCGUCGCUGGCGCCACGUUGUGUGCGCCCGCCGGCCGAGCGGACGCGGCUGUACCUGCUGCUGUCGUUCUUGCACGCCGUCGUCCAAGAGCGCCUGCGCUAUGCCCCGACGCUGGGCUGGAAGGGCUUCUGGGAGUUCAACGACAGCGACUACGAGUGCUCGGCCUUUGUGGUCGACACCUGGCUAGCCGCAGCUGCUGGUCAGCGGUCCAACAUUGCGCCGCAGAACAUUCCCUGGGCCAUGAUCCGUCAGCUCGUCACCGAGACGUACGGCGGCAAGAUCGACAACGAGGACGACUUUGCACUGCUCCGCCAGCUGGUCGACCGUGUUCUCAGCCCGGCCGCCUACGAUAUCGGGCAUCGCCUGCUGCUCGGCGACCUGACCGCCGACGCUGCCGACACGGACGCGCUCGUCGUGCCGUCCGGCACCGCGCUCGCCGACUGCAUGGCCUGGAUCCAACGCCUGCCCGAACGCGAGCCGCCCACGUACCUGGGGCUGCCGGCCAAUGCGGAAAAGGUGCUGCUGGUAGGCCUGGGACGCAGCCUGGUACAGGACCUGCGCAAGGUGACGAACCUGCUGGACGAGGGGGAGCAGCUGAUAGAGGAGGAACGAGCAGACGACAGCCACGAUUCUCUGACAGCUGAGCGCAUCGUCUUCCAUGGCCAGCCCGGCCACGCUGGCGUCGCUGUCCAUCAGCCACGUCUACUAUUCCAGAACCCAGAUGACCCGGUCUCGUACGUCUGCGCCUGGCUCGCCCUCGUGCCCCAAGGCCUCUGCGUCGUCUACGCCACUCUGCUCUGGAGCACGCGCGAGGCCGAGGUGGCCCUGGCCUUUGCCGGCCAGCUCGGCUGCGAGGCCGUCAAUCUCGUGCUCAAGCGCCUGAUCAAGGAAGAACGUCCGCGCCACCACCACACAGCCCUGGGCCUGGGCAUGGCCCUGCCCGAUCCCGGUCUCGGCAACGGACCCGACGCCGACCAGCUGCACCAUCUGCCCUUCCGCCGCGGCUACGGCAUGCCGAGCUCCCACGCUCAGUUCGCCGGCUACUGGGCCGUCACCAUCGCCCUCUUCCUGCUGGUGCGAUACCGCGGACAGAAUCGGAUUCCACAGAACAGACAGAGACAGGAAUCACCCCAAAACUCCUGGUCCCUAGCCGAACGCGUCGCCACCAGCACCGCCGCUUUUGUCGUCGCCGUGCUCGUCGCCUGGAGCCGCGUCUACCUUCACUACCACACCCCCAGACAAGUCCUCGUCGGUUUCGCUGCUGGUCUCCUCGUCGGCUUCGCCUGGUUCGCUGCCACCACUUUCGUCCGUCGCUGCGGCCUCCUCCGAUGGGUUCUCGCCCUACCGCCCGCUCGCUGGCUCCGCAUCCGAGACCUCGCCGCCGAAGAAGACGCCCCCCAGGCUGGCUGGGAAAAAUGGUUGCUCCUUCAAGCCGCCCGCGAAACACAGCUAGCUCAGGCUGCCGCCAAAAAGACCUGA